CGGUCGGCCGGUUUAGUCGAUUGCAUUUCUCGUGGAUGCUGGGGACGAUGGACGAUGGGCUGUACGUUCCGCUGAAGAAGCGUCGCCAAGAAGAAGAAGCGCGACGACUGCAGCGGCGCAAGCUGGUCCAUGAGAAGCUUCGCCAAGUGGAUGGCGAAGAGAGCGACGAGGCACCCGAGGCGAGCGACGAAGCGCCGGGUCCGCAGCCCGACGAGGUGCUCGAGGCCGCGCCCGCGCGCUCGACCAUGAGCUUGAUCGAUCAGUCGUUCGAGAUGAAGAAACGACGCGAGGAAGCUGGUGUCGACGAAGACAUUCGCGUGCAGACAACGUCCGAGGUCCAGCUUUUGCACGAAGCGUCGCAGGUGCAGAAGGCGGCGCUCGUCUCGGCGGCCGAGCGCGCCGAGGGCAUCCGAUACACCGAGUCGAUGACGACGACGUGGACGCCGCCUCGCCACAUUGCGCGCAUGACCGAGGACGACUGCGAGAACGUCCGGAAGAAGUGGCACAUCCUCGUCGACGGCGACGACAUCCCGCCGCCGAUCAAGUCGUUCGCCGACAUGCGCUUUCCGCCCGCGAUCUUAGCCGCGCUCAAGGCCAAGAACAUUGUGCGGCCGACGCCGAUCCAGGUGCAGGCAAUCCCAUGUAUCCUCUCGGGUCGAGACAUCAUUGGCAUUGCGUUCACCGGCAGCGGCAAGACGAUGACGUUCACGCUGCCGCUGGUGCUGCGCGCGCUCGAGCAGGAGGUCAAGAUGCCCAUCGUGGCCCGCGAAGGGCCAUUCGGCGUCAUCCUCGGGCCGUCGCGCGAGCUCAUGCGGCAAACAUUUGAGAUCGUCCAGCACUUCACCUCGGCGCUCUUCAAGGGCGGGUUCCCAGAGCUCCGGAGCAUUCUCUGCAUCGGCGGCCAAGACAAGCGCGAGCAGCUCGACCUGAUCUUCAAGGCUGGGGUUCACAUCGUCGUGGCCACGCCCGGCCGCCUCAAGGACUUCCUCAACUCAAAAAAGAUGACUUUGGACUUGUGCGAGUACAUCUGCCUCGACGAAGGCGACCGGAUGCUGGACCUCGGCUUUGACGAGGAGGUCGCGGCGAUCUUCAACCACUUCAAGUCCCAGCGCCAGACGCUGCUCUUCUCGGCGACCAUGCCGCAGAAAUUCCAGGAUUUCGCCAAACAAGUGCUCGUGCGCCCGAUCCUCGUCAACGUCGGUCGCGCCGGCGCCGCCAACUUGGACGUCCUCCAGGAGGUCGAGUACGUCAAGCAAGAGGCCAAGAUCGUGUACCUCCUCGAGUGUCUGCAGAAGACGGCGCCGCCCGUGCUCAUUUUCUGCGAGCGCAAGGGCGACGUCGACGACAUCCACGAGUACCUCCUGCUCAAGGGCGUCGCGGCCGUCUCGAUCCACGGCGGGAAGGACCAGGUCGAGCGCAACGCAGCGAUCGACGCGUUCAAGGUCGGCGCCAAAGACGUGCUCGUGGCCACCGACAUUGCCGCCAAGGGCCUCGACUUCCCCGACAUCCAGCACGUCAUCAACUUCGACAUGCCCACCGAGAUUGAAAACUACGUCCAUCGCAUCGGCCGCACGGGUCGCUGCGGCAAGACGGGCGUCGCGACCACCUUUAUCAACAAGAACGUGCCCGAGAGCGCGCUCCUCGACCUCAAGCACCUCCUCGUCGAGGCCAAGCAGCGCGUGCCACCCGUGCUGAGCGCACUCGAGGACCCGAUGGAGACGUCGCAGGCCAACGCAACAGGCUCCAAGGGCUGCGCUUUCUGCGGCGGCCUCGGCCAUCGCAUCACCGACUGCCCCAAGCUCGACGCCAAUGCGCGCAAGAUCAACGCGGGUCGGCGCGACUACCUCGGCGGCCAGAGCGCAGGCUACGGCGGCGAUAACAUGGGCUAAUCACCAACCUUAUAUGCUGA